UAGAAAAAGUGGCUUUGUGUCGACCGUCAGUACUGUUGCUUCUACGCCAACAGUUCGUGUAGAGUAACAACUCAGAUUACCCACUUGGAGACAGUUUUGUCCGCGAGGUGUCUAACCUCUUUCUCUCUCUCGCUCGCCGUACUUUGUUUACGUGUGGACAGACUUGGUAUCGUCUUCAUCAGUAUUUAACUUAAUAUCACCAUUAUUCUCCUUUUUAUGAACUGUUGUACAUAUUGAAUUCUCGAGAACUUCUAAAAAAUAUGUUCAGGAAACGAGGCCGUUGUGAUGGAGAUGACGAAUCUCGUGACUUUACACCACUAUCAAAGAGAAUCAACAAUUUACACAUCAACAAUGGAAAUCACCACGCUUCGGUUCAUGAAGAGGUCCAUCCUGUCCCCACAGUUGGGAGAGUAGGCGAACCCAGUUCUCUGCAUGAAGGACAAAGUAAUGGAGGAGAAAUGGGGCCUGUCCCUCAGCCAAUGUACAACCCAGAUCUCAAUGUCUCAGACAAUCCCUUUUACUAUGAGCCCAAUAAAUUAUUAUACUACUUGAAUAUGGAACGAAUGCAAAGAACUGGUCAAUCUUUUUAGUUAGUAGGCCUUAGUUUUUAUGUCCUGUAAUUUAUUUGAUUGUUUCUUUUUCUGUUGCCCCUUUUUUUUUUACAAAUUAAGAUUUAUGUUGUAUUGACAAAAUUAAGUGAGCUUGUUUGUUUUCUUUUUUUGUGUGUUUGUGUUUCUCUUGUAGUUUUGCAACUUUCAAAGCCUUUUCUUAGACAUUCCAUUCAGCAUGGUUCAUUUUCAAUGUAUUUAUGUUUCUAGUCUGAAGAUUCUUAAAUAAAACGAUCUUUCUGCCAGUACUGGGAUAGCGUUGCGGCAGCAUACAUAACUGUGAUGUGAAAAUAAAAUGGACGUGUGCUUUAUGUUCCCAUUAAAAAGAUAAAAUUUGAGAGAAGUUGUACUAGAAUUUUGAAUUUAUGGCGUAGUUGAUCAAAUUGUGUCUUGCAUAUAUCCCUGGUAUUUUUUAAAUUUUUUUGCAUUGAUAAAAAUAAAUACUAGAUGAUAUAAGAAAUGUUACAAAUUAUAAAAGUUGUCAUAGCAAUUUUCCCCAAAAUUUAUUUUUGUGCCUCUUAGUUGUAGCAUCACUUAGAAGUGAAUUGUUGUCAGGUAUGUGUCAGAAUUUUUUCUCAGCUGAAAUUGACCAUUUAAGGUAUGAAUUCUUCCAGUAUAACUUGCGUAUAACAUAAGCGCUUGGGUCCAUUUUGUAUGUGUGUCACUCAAUAUGAAAAGGAGACAGGAUUUCAUGGGAUUCCUUGUUUUUAGUUCAUUUUUGCUUCUGUGACUUAUGGGAUUACGUUAUAAGCAGGUUAUACUGUUCUUUUGCUUCUAAAGAGUUUAUUCUACUAAAAUUAGGUGUAUUGUGUAUCAGCUAAUGUUAUUGAAUAAAAUUAGGUAUGCUUUUGUUGAAACUAUUGUGACCUGAAUAGUCUGCUGAUAAAUAUUUUUUCCUGUAGGAACAGUACUUGUGACUUGAGAUGCCGGAUACUGUACCACUGUGUAAUUUCUGCAUUCUCUUGCAUUAUAUUCCUUUAUCACUUUAAGUGAGAAAAAUAUUAGAUAACAACAGUAAGCCCGCAUUACCAUCUGCCAAGGGAUUACAGUGUGUUGACAUACAUUUUGCUUACUGUUGACAGUUCCAGUGUUAUUUUUAUAUGCUGUCAUGCAUACUUGAACGAAACGUUUGCCAUGAAUAAGAAAAUUCUGUAUGUGAAUUUUUGUGAUCAAUUGAAAACUCAUUGCAUUUGAAGAGUACUGAAUGUGUCAUCUACAUCAUUGAACCGGAAUCAGCUGCAACAGAAUUAUAAGAUCAUCCUCUGGCAGGAAAUUAAUUUGUAUGUAUGUAAGUGUGCAUUUUAAUCAAAUAAAUGUAUUUAUUUUUGCCUGUA